UCACAUAGAGGUGGUCGAAUAAAAGAGUUCAGUUUGAACGGAAAAGGCAAUUUUGAGAGUUGCUUCAAAUUUGCCCUUAAUAAGAAAGCUAAAAUAAUUCAUAUAGCUAUGUAUAAUGAAAAGGAUCUGGAUCUUGACUUUCUUAGACUUCCUAGUACGAAUAAUGGUCUUCAAUGCCUUAAAGAUUUAUCUCUUUUUGGUCUUAAAUUGACCGAUCAAUACUUUGAGCUUUUGGUCUCCAAUUGUACUAUUCUUGAAUCUUUGUCGGUUCAACUGUCUAAUGAGUUGAAAAAUGUCUCAAUUGUUGGCCUCUCGAAAUUGAAGCGUUUGAACUUGUCCAGCUUUAUGGAAGUUGAAUCCAUUGUGAUUCACGACACUAUUAGCCUCGUUUCUUUGACGCUCCAACAAUUGAGCAGCGGAUGCACCGUGCAACUUAAUAAUACUCCAAAGCUUACCAAACUUAAUUUUGGAGAAAGUUUUGGUAAAUUCAUGCUUGCUGAGUUUCUUGACGGAAUGCCAUCUUGCAUAUGUGACCAACUCCAAGUAAUGCACCUCUUAACUAGUGUUGAUUUUUUUAUGCAUAAGAGUGAUCUACAUUUUUAUGAUGAGUUGUUCUGGAUUGAUCUUGUCAAUAUAAAACAUCUAGAGUUGGAGAUUAAAAUUAUUGGUUUUUGUCGAAGCUUGUAUAUGUUACGCCAUUUUUGUCGUUUGGUCGAAGCAUGUACUUCUUUAGACAAACUUGUGAUAAAGUGUACAUGUGUACCCGCUUAUGAUAUAUGCAGGGUAGGAUCAUAUGUUGGACAAUGCAAGUUGUCUUUCAAGUAUUUGGAAAUCACAUGAUAUUUGGGUACUCCGAUACAAUUGGAGUUGGCUUUAUACGUCAUCAGAAAUGCUGCAUCUCUUGAAAAAGUGACUGUGGUGGCUGAUGACCAAGAUGCACUGGCUCGUGCACGUCAUGAUUUUAGACAUAUUAGAUCAGUUAGUUUUUUAGUUAUUUAACAGCUAAAAUUUGCAGAGUGAUCUACAUUUUCACGAUGAGUUAUUAUGGCUUGAACUUGUCAAUAUAAAACAUCUACUCCUACUAGAGUUGGAUAUUG